AUGAUAGCGGAAGAAGGCGGGAUUCCGCCUUUGUUAAAGCUCUUGAAAGAGGAAUCGAAUUUCGAAGCGCAAAUCGCGGCUACGGUUACCCUUUUUAAUCUGGUUAAUAACGAAGAUAGAGCUAGGUUGGUUACUAGUGAAAUCGGGGUUCCGGUUAUAGUACAGUGUUUACAUAAGGCACCGAUUUGGGUACAAGUUUUGGUUGUGAAGUUGAUUGCGAGAAUGGCGGAGAACGAUGAGGUUUCGCAAGAGGCGUUUGCUAGAGAGAAUGUGAUUAGACCGCUUGUUACGCUGUUGUCGUUUGACAUGGCUGAUAAUUUGUAUGAACGGCGGAGUAUUCAUUCGGUUUUUAAGAUGAAUAAGAUUGGUUCGAUGACGAGUUUGUCGUCUGCGACGACGACGUGGUCGAUUAACAGGAAAGAGAGGGAAAACGAGCCGUCUGAGUUGAAACGUGAGUUGAAAACGUGUUGUGCGAGGGCGUUAUGGAUGCUUUCUAGAGGUAAUCUUGCAAACAGCAAGUUGUUAACCGAGACAAAAGGGUUACUACGGAAUCGAAUCCCGAGCUCAGACGCUUUCAGGACUAAUUCACCUGCCGCAAAAGCGGUCGUGUAUCGGCUUUUAAGGUUGAUCCAAGAAUCCAAAAUAGCUGGAAUCAAGAUUCCAGCUAUUAAAUCAAUCGGGUCACUGGCCCGGACUUUCCCAGCUCGGGAAACGCGUGUGAUCGGCCCGUUGGUCAAACAACUGAGUCACCAAAACCCUGAUGUGGUAACAGAAGCCGCGAUUGCUUUGGGGAAGUUCGCGUCCCCUGAUAACUUUCUUUGUACGGAGCAUUCGAAAACGAUUAUUGAAUUCGAUGGCGUGAUUCCAUUGAUGAGAUUGUUGAGAGGGAAUGAAAGAACACAACAUCAUGCAUUGGUGUUAUUGUGUUAUCUUGCAAUGCAUGCUGGAAACAAUGAGGCACUUAUGCAGGCAAGAGUAUUGACAGCUUUAGCAGGGGCUGAUAAGUCAAUUGUUGGUCAACAUUCUCAGUUGAGACAGUUGAUUAUGGAAGCAAUUCAUCAGCUUAAUAUGUAUCAUGCUGGUGUUAUUCCUUCUCAAAGAGUGUCACACUCACCUUGA